AGGGCAGGACUAAGAUUGUCGUCACAGUUGUCAUCGCCACAUUAAGACGUUAUUGUCACCAAAGUGGAACUCAGUCACAAAAGGCUGGUACAGUUAUGUCACGUAACCUUGGGAGGAGUUGUCAAGGACCUGUUGUACGUCAUAGCAUGUUCGGGGUCAGAAUUUACUCAGAAGUUUGGUGGGGGAGGGGGGCACACUGGCAUCUGAACGAUCUUUAAAUACUGAACUAGUAACGUCAUGUUGGGAACUCCGUUCAACGAGGAACACGGGCUUGCACGUUUACUGUAUAAUCUAGAAACUCAUUUCUUGAAGGACGCUGAUACAAAGUCAACUUGGGGCCAUAAAUUUUACAACUCUGUGCCACCAGCAAAUCAGGUCCUGUUGAAGGAUGUAUGAGGACCAAACGGAGACCUGUGAGCCAGUUGUGUUGACCCUACCACACAGUUCCAGUCAGCAGAGAUGGACGGGACCAAAUCUCUCCUCUAGACCUGUCCAAUUGGAAGAAAUUACUCAUGACCCUGUUGGGAGUCCUGACUACCCAUACACUAUGGCUACUGAUGACACCUGUGAGACCAGCAAAGAGUUACCAGGACCCUCCAGGACACAGUCUACUCGAUCUUGCAGUUUAUCCAGCCAGGAAAGUGUGAAACAGUGGCUGAAGUCUGUGGACCAAGAUGCAGUGUCACUGUACCCAGGAGAAUAUGCAGUCAGUGUGGAUGAUCCGCUGACAGACACAGAAGCGGAAGAUGGUGAGAUGGAGUAUCCCUUCUCUGGAAAGAUCAGCCGAGGAGAUGGCACUGAGGAUGACCUAACUCUGGGUUCAGAGGCGAAGCUUUUGGACCCUGCAGUCACCACUGUCUCUGAAGGCGUGCCCCCUGCAUCAGCAGUGUUUGCUGGGACCCACUGUUACUGGCUGUCCAACCAUGCCAGGAUGAGCAGACAGGCCAGGCUCAUGCAGAUGGGAGAGAGCUUUGAGAGCUAUGCCACCGAGACUUCAACACAAACAUCACUGUCUAGUAACAGCAUUGAGGGUCUGCUGCAGUCCCGUACCUGUGACCCCGAAGAGCUGCUGCUGAGCCUGGGGUUCGGCGGAGGUCGUGACGAGAACCGCAGCCUGCGUGUGCCAGAACGGUUCCUGCAGCAACAGUCUCAGUGUGGGGGGGUGGACCUGUCACAGUUCAUGGCCAGGGAGAGGGGGCAGGACUCAGCCAUGCAGGGAUGGGCAGGUCUCUAUGAAUGUCCUGUGUCGACCCUGUACCAUCGUCGUAUGUCCACCGGCAGUAUUCCUGCAUACAGCCAGCAUGGAACAUAUGGCAUGACCAAGUCCACAUGGAGUAGUUGUCAACCUUCUACAGAUGACAGACAGGACAUGACUGCUCAUAGUUCCCCGCUGAGGAGAUCAGUAACAGUGAGUAAUGACAAUCUGGUCCCCCGGCCGGCCAGUACUGGUGGCAACAAUGCUGUUGUCAUGGGUGAAGUGGAGGACUUAGGAGUCCAAACAUUACAGCAGCCUACAGACAAACAUCCAGGACACAGUGCCUCAACAUCGACCAAAGUACAACAACGUCGGACCAAAAGGGCGACACUAGUCAAGCAGAGAAGUGCAGAGUCUUUUAGCCUGGAUAAAGACAGCAGAUUGAGUGAAGACAAUGCAGCCAAAAGUCAUGACAACAGGGGGAAGAUGAGAAAGAGAUCUCUGUCCAUGCCACACAUUCAGUGUAUCCUCGAGCCUGUUAAAGAGGAGUCGCCACACAGCAGUCUGGAAAAUACACUCCACUCCAAGGAACUGUCGGAAAUGUUGCAGAAUGUCCGGGAGCAGGAAUUCUCAGUAGGCCUGGAAGAAACGUUGGGGAGAAUAUGUUAUAGUCCGAGUGAUGCGGAAGACAACAAUUGGACAAGUAUUCCACAGACCAGUGCUGGAGUCGCAGGGGUCAGUCCAAUGACACAGAGUAGAGACCUCCCGGACGUACAUGUGAAUGUGCAGUUCACCAUGGAGAGCCCAGGGGGAGCUGCAGUAGAAGAGAAACGUGAAGCCAAGGAAAGGAUAGCUGUUGUGAUAUCUCCAGAUGCUACAGGUGUACAAGGUCUAUUGCCAAAGAGGAAAACAUGUAGACUUGCAAAGGUGCCAAACGUUGACGCAGAGUCUCCACCAGAAGAGCUGUUGUUGCCGAGAAGCAGGCUGACGUCCACACCCGAGGACACGCCCGUCUGUCUGUCUGUACCGCAGCAGCACGCAGCCUGCCCACAGGAGUCCUUUGACAUGGAAGAGAUUGGCAGCACAGACGUGAGUCCAGAGGAGGGGGCGUGGUGUACACACCUGGUCAGGACUCCCGGCAGCCUGCCACACCAGAACAGCACCCAGUCGGACAGCAGUGGGUUUGCUGAUGACAGCUACAUGGGGUCAGAUCCACCCGGUCUCAUGGAGACAGUGAAGAUGGAGGGGCUGGGCAGCAGUGCGGAGAGUCUUGCUAGUACCAGAUCUGUUCAAACUGUGAUUCAUAUGGACACCAGCCAGGGGGCGCCAAUAGAUGGGGACUGGAGACAGGAGAAUGAUGUGAUGGGUUUCUCCUCGUACUGCCCUAUGCAGUUUGCUGUAGAAAUACACCAUGAUUCUGAGUGCCCAUCACCAGAGAAUCAUUAUGUGCAGGAGUCCAUUACAAUUAACAAGGAUCCAGGAAAGACUAUCUGUCAUUCUGAAGACUCAAUUUUGGGCAAUGGAAAUGUAGACGUGUGCCCUUCAUCAGUGCCAAACGUAGCUCUUUCUAAAAUACAUACAGGCAAAAAACGUGUGGAAAGUGGAGAUUCAUACGUCCACUGUGGAAAUUUUUUUGAAGACCACCGAGUUGAGAAGUGUCCAUUCCAGGACGCUGAUCUGUCAGGCUGUUCAUCUGAAGAAGUGCUGCCACUGUUUUCUAUAAGCGAUGAUGAUGGUCACUGCGAGGCCAUAGUUUCUCAGGGUACAAGUCUUUAUUCAGCUGUAGAAAUGUGCAGUAGAGACAAUACUGCAAGUAGUGGGAAGAAAGCUCAGGAUACAGAAACUCCAAUCAUACUUGAAGGACCUAUCGACUUUAACAUAAAGGAUUAUAAUGAUGACCAAAAAUCAAGCACAGAUCCCAAGUUUACAUCACAAUCUGGAUGUCAAUCAGCUGAGGAGGAUUUGACCCAUAGUUCUGAACCCACCCAUGAUGUUAGCUCUGUUGGUUCUCAGCCAGAGAAAUCAGUGCAGACAGCCACCUUACAGUUUCCAGCACAACUCUCACAACAUUUUACUGUAGUGGAUGGAAUUCUUAACAGGCUGAAAAAUAGCAUAGAGAAAGUCACAUCUCAAUGUCAUGAUUCUGAUGGGGAUCAGGAUGUGAAGAUAACACUGCAGCAGACAACUGAGCACUUAGAGUGGCCAGAAGAUGUCAGGAAAAACAUUGCACCAGAGACGCUCCACCACGUUAGAGGUGUGCCUUACAUUGACAGUGCAGGGCAACCUGUGUUCCCUGUCAGGAUAACUUCUGCAAUCAAUGUAGAACUUAGUCAGGGCAGUCCUCAUGUAUGCAAGAAGUAUGUUCUUGUUGAAGAAACCAAACAUUAUACAAAAGCAGAAGGGAAGGAAGGUGUGAAAGAAGUCGCCGUACGCCGCAAGAAAGAGAUAACUGCCCCUCCCACUACUGGUAGCCGCAGACUGGGGGAAAACUUACCAGAAAAUGAAAAACAAGAAAGUGGUGAGAAGGUUCUACACAAUUUACAGCUGUUUGUGGAAGAAGCUCGAGGGAAGUUCCUGAUAAGAAGGGAGGCGGAUUGUGAAGGUUCUGAUGGAAAAUCUCCAAAUGUGUCACUUCAGUCCUGCCCUACUGCAGACAAGACUUCGGGGGAGGAUUUAAAGGAAGGUUUGCAGGAAUGGGAGAAGAAGUCUCACAAGGACAACACACAGUGCCAUGGAGAAUCCUCCAUGAUGCAGAUGGAGCACCAGUCUGAAGGGGGAAGAAAGAGAGCUCCAAGUAUUGCUGAGGAGAUGAACCUGGACAUCAUGGAGCCUGUCAACAGGUACACAGCAGAAGGAAUUGCAAGUGACUUAAGGAAGACAUCGUCUGAAGUCAGCAUCACGAACAGUCCAGGCGGCACUGAUGACCUGUCUGCAGCUAAGGGUCAUCCGUUACAGGACUACUGGACACUGGCUGCUCUGGUCAUGGCCAGCAGACAUGAGAAGUUGUCGGAGCUGCAGCUGGGCCCUCCUGGAAACUAUGACCUGCACUACACUUUUCCAAAACAGCAUCUCAUCCAGGAGGUGUCGCUGGCGUGCUGCUGUGUGGCCCAGUACAGGGGACAGCUGGUACAGCUGGAGCUGCUGUUCACACAGUGUUAUGCUGCCUUCUACAGCCAUAUGACUGCACAGGAAAGGCUGGAGGUGGAGUGGCUGGUGCUGCUACGGGCAGAGGUUUUGCGCGAGGCGGAGGAACUGGAGACCAUGUUAGCAAGCCAUCUACAGGCUGUUAGAACAGAGGACUCAGCAGUAUUUCUGGCGGACAAACCCCCCUCUUCCAUGACUAAGCUACAACUCCUGGGCCAGUUGAUAGAGUUGCUGAAGGAACAAGGACAGAUGCAGCAGGCACUGGCUUUCCUGGUACAAACCCCAGCCACCCAGCACAAUGUCUGCACCCCAGCUCUCCCGGCCCCUCCCAUGGACACACCCAAACAUGGGGAGCUGCUUGUUACUGACAGGGAGCAGCUCCAGAGGGAAGUCAGGGAGAUACGGGAGGAACUGAGCACAGAGAGGGAAGAUCGCCAGAGAGACAUGGAUAAGAAUCUACACAGGCUGAGACUGUCCAUCAUGGCGGAUGUGCGGCAGGAGAUAGCAGAACAGAUGAAGCUGCUCCGACUUCAGCUCCAGGCCAAAGAGGAGGAGGUGCGAAUGUUGCGGCUACAGAUGAAGCAGCAGACUAAGACACAGAGGGACGAGGGGGAAGGAGGCAGUCAAAGGGCCAAGAAAUCCAUACGUGUCACUCAGCUCUGAUAGACACCAUUCUCCUGUUAUGUGCCUUAUUUGUAGUGUACAGGUAUAUGAAACAUUCCAGUAACUACAUGUCUGCUGCAGUGCUUCAAGUGAUGGCAGAUUGUUCUUGCCGGCCAGUCACAUUUCAGAAUCAUUCCACUAUUACAGGUGCAUAUAUAUGCACAUAUUAGUUGUGUGUUUGGACUUGGCAAAGAAAGGAAGCAAGGCCAUUGGGGGUUCUGCUCUGAGUUUAGACAAGCAUUUGGGGUUUUGGAAACUUAAUGAUACAGGGAGUCAUGGGUUUUAUUAUCCAUUCAAAGCUUAGUGUUUUGACACAAAUUCAUGUUGCUCCCAAAUAUUUUGCCCAUUGAUGAUAAUGUGCCCACAACUGCUCAUGUACUUGUGGAGUGUGAAAAAAUAGUGCCUUCCAAGGUUGAUGGUGUCCAUGGUGACCUGAACAAACUGUUUUGUACUGAGAUUUGUGUUCACUGGGAAUUGUGCAGUAGACAUAAGUUGCUAUUUCUAUAAUGAAUUGUAGCAGUUCUAUAAUAAUUGAUUUAUCUACAGAUAGAAUAUCAUAUUAUUUCUUGUGGUCUUUCUACUAUUUUGGACGCAAUGCCAGGUUGUUGUUACUUUUCUUUUCUACCUGGUCGCAUAUAUAGCAGAUUGUCAUAAUGGUACUAUCAGCAUCAUAGAAAUGAAAAUGUGUAAUUACAUUUUGAGGCUUAAGAUGUAGAAUAUAUCAGAUAGAAUGUUCACAUUGUGUAAAAUUAUGAAGAGGUGCAAGAUUCAAUGCUGCCAAUAAUUUUGUAUAACUGAAAAUGCUGCUACUAAAAGAACACAUGCACACACACUACAUUGUACAUGUAUGUAUGUCACCCAUUUUCACUUUCAUUCAAAUGUAGCCAGAAAGUUUUAAUAACAAACUGUGACUAUUUCAGUAAACAAACCUUGGUGAAAGUCCACUAUUUUGUUCCGGAUACGGAUACAUGUAAAUCAUUUUAUAAGAAGAGUUUUGUACAAUUUAUAGUACAUGUAUAAGAGAUAUCAAGAGUUUGUGUUCAGAAGGUAAUUGUUAUAAAGGCUUGCUUGGAUAUGAACUGUGUAAAAUGAGGUAAUAUUUUGUCAAAUCUGAAAAAUAAUUGUGACUUGUUGCAGUAGGUGAAGAUAUUGGAUUGUGAAAUCUCAUUAAUUGAGUAUUAUAUUCAUAUAUGUACAUAAAAGAAUGAUUAAGACUAGUGCUUCACAGUGCUUAUAAUUCUAAAGCUAAUUCUAUAGAGAUCUCAUAAUGUGAUUCAGUUGAUUAUAUAGAGGUUUUUACGUUUGUAAAUGCCCUUGCUGAGAGAAUGUUGAACAAGACCAAGUGAAAUUGUAAAAUGUGCUGCAUUUAGCUGCAUGUGGGAUGGCAGGAUACAAAACAUAGUCUAUUUUUAUAAAAAGGAAUGAUUAUGAAUUUCUCACAGUGAUAGUACUUGAUAUAUGCACAGAAGAGGUUGAUGAACAGACUAUUGAACCAGUUUAUCCUAAGAUUUGUGCCAUAUACAUUAUCUAAUUUGUUAAGUUAUGCAUGUGUCUUUACAUUGGGCUGAAUGCUAUGGCAUGGCCAGGUAUUUCCAUAGACAUCUUAGGACAGAUUACCUGUCACACAAACUUAUUCUGCAGAUGACAUUCUCCUAUGGAUUAAGUUUGGUCUCCAGCUCCUGAUUGGAUAUGACAACUAGUAUAUAGUAAAUACAUUUUUUUUUCAUAUCUUGAUAUUUUCCUCACAUUCAUGAACUUGGACUAAAAUCAGUGACUGUUACCCAGUUCACUGCCUUUCAGACCAGAACACCUUUGAUCUCAACACUUAAUAAAUUUUUGUGCAUUCCCAUCAUA